AACUGGUGGGUUUCUCAUCCAACUAAUAAUAAUGAUACAACAUUUCAGAAUAACUUUGAACCAGGAUACAUAUAUAAAUCUGAAGCUCUACAAAGCAAUAUAUAUGGUCUUGAGGUUAUGGGAUUUAAUGAUCCAGAAAUAUGCAAAAUAUUACUUUUUGAUAUUUAUUUUUGUCCUUUUACUUUUAAUAUUAGAAAUUUAUAUUUGACUAUUUUGGGAGAAUUUAGCAAUAAAGAAGCAAUUGUUAAAAUAUAUCAAGGUUUUAUAGAAGUGUGUAUUUUUCAUGAUACUGACCCUAAUACUGUUUGGAAUAAGAUUGGUAUAUUAAAACAAUAUAUAGAAAACAUGCUUUUUGAACUUGAACACAAACAAAUGAAGUCAGCAAUUAACAAAAAACAU